GUAAAGAAAAAGUUUUCGCCUCUUCUCUUUCUAUUUCUCUAUCCAUUGAGAGUCUCUGAGAUGCCAAAGCCAUGUCGGAUCCUCCGACAACAUCAUCGGAGCCACCGCAUCAGCAGCAGCACCACCCCCACCCCACCCACCACCACCACCACCCCCACCACCACCAACAACAACAACAACAACAACUCCUACAUUUGCCGCUAAUCCAUGGCGGCGCCGCCCGAAUCAACACAGCAGCAGCAACCUCCUCCUCCACAGUAAUAGUCCGAGAGUACCGCAAAGGAAACUGGACUCUCCAAGAGACAAUGAUUCUAAUAACCGCCAAAAAGCUAGACGACGAGCGGCGGAACAAGGUAACCUUAGCUCCUCCGGCGGAUCCAACAGCCAGAAAGGGCGGUGAACUACGGUGGAAAUGGGUUGAAAACUACUGCUGGAGCCACGGAUGUCACCGCAGCCAAAAUCAGUGCAACGACAAGUGGGAUAACCUCCUCCGCGACUACAAAAAAGUCCGCGAGUACGAAUCCCGCGCGUGUGACCAACAAUCCCAAAUUCCCUCUUACUGGAAAAUGGAGAAACACGAGCGUAAGGACAACAAUCUUCCUUCCAAUAUGGCGUUUGAGGUUUAUCAAGCCUUAAACGACGUCGUCCAGAGGAAGUUCUCGCAAAGACCUGUUAUUUCCCAUACUACCCCUACUCCCCUUGUUGCUCUUCCACCUGCUCCGCCUCCUUCCUCCGCCAUCCCCGCCCUUCCCCCGCCACCACCCACGACGGCGACCAAUUCCUCCCCGGCGGUUUCAGAAUCAUCCUCAUCGGGUACGGAGUCGAGUGAGAAGAAAGAGAAGGCGGAGGCAAAGAGGAGGAAAAUGGAAGAUAAUAUUGAGAGAAGCGCUGCAAUGUUGGCUCAAACGCUGCGGAGCUGCGAGGAGCAAAGGGAGAUCCGACACCAAGAGGUUAUGGAGGUUCAAAAACGUUGCCUUCAAAUCGAAGAAGCGCGCAACCACAUUCACCGCCAAGGCAUUAGCGACAUGGUGGCUGCCAUCGCCAACCUCUCGGCUGAAAUAGAUGAUAGAGAAAGAAGAAGGUCGGAAGGAUAUGAAUGUUCAUACAAUGGAGAAGAGGUGAGAAUGUUGAAACAACAAAAUGAAGCAAUGCAAGCUGAGGUUAUGAAUGUGAAGACUGAGCUUUCCCAACUUAGAGACCAAAUGCCAUCACUCAUGCAAACCAUGAUGCACAAUAUGCUCCACAACAUCCCUCCUCCUCCUCCUCCUUCCAUGGACCCAUCUGGAUCAGGAGGAGAUGCUUAGAAAGGAUUCUCGACCGUUCACGAUUGAUUAUUAAUUUAAAUAAAAUUAUUUUAGUAGAAUUUAUUAUUGUUUCAUGUGGAAUUUAAUGAUUUUGUA